AACAAAAAUUCAAGAAAAUUUGUAUGAAAAAAUAUUUUAAAAAGAAUUUGUGUAAAAAUUUAGUAAUUAAAUAAUAUUCUAGUGUGUAACUUAAACCUUUCAACGGAAAAGAAUAAAUAAAAUUUUUAAUAAAUAAAAUUUGUCCUCCAAAACCCAAAACGAGUGUUGAAAGUUUUGUGCAUUAAGCCAAACGUGGAAACAAAACCCCUCUCCAUUGCCAUUCUCAGUGAAAUUUAAUCCUUUUUUUGCUUUUGUUCAACAAAAAAAAAAAAAAGAAAGAAAUCAGUUCAGAUGGUUAUGCAGCCAGAGCAGCAGCAAUAUAAGAAAUUGUCUUAUUCGUCGUCCUCGUCCUCGUAGUCGUCGUCGUCGUCAUCGUAAUCAUCAUCACCAUCAUUAUCAACAACACAACGUCGCAUAUUCCAGAGCUGCAAAAAUAAUUGUCUAUGCGAAACAUCAUCUUAUGUAAUUUAUCUCUUCGUCAUUUUAUAUGAUUUUUGUACAAUACGUUGUAGGUUUUAAGUUAAGUAGAGUAGACAAAAAAAAAAUACCCAACAAAAACGGAAGAGAACAGCACAGCACAUCAUGCAAUGAGAAAAUAAGCAAGACAAACUAAGAUAACAACAACAAAUAAAUAUUUAUUUACAACCAAUAACUGCCAUUGUAACGAAAAUACGGAAAUAAUUGCAUAUUUUCAAUUUAAAAACAAACAAGUUCAGCAAAAACUGAAAGCAAAAUAACAACAAAACCCCCACUUAAAAAAAAUAAAGAAAGACGAUAACGCAAAAACACAGCCAAAAACUGCAAACUACCAACUGUAAAACGAUAUACAAUUCUUCCUUAAUAAGCAACUAAAAGAUACAACAAAAAAGCUGCCAACAACAAAUAAUAAACAAAAUAAUAACAAGCAGAACAACAACUAUGAAUAAUGCAAUUGCAUCGCUUAAAGCCAGUAAGGCAUGAAAAACUGUAUGCGGGUGCAGGGUGCAAACGCCAUCAACAGCCAUCAAUCAAUUGCGGAUUAAGGGGAAUUACCAAACCCACCACCACCACCAAUAACAAUACUGCUUUGAACCCCUUUCUGCCAGCUGCACACUAAUGAUCAAGUUGCCCCCCUUGCCCAAGUCUUACUUUGAGGUAAGACAAAGACUAACAAAAUGGCACACAUAAUUCUGAAGCAUCCAAGGAAAUAAAAUUUUUGAAGGACCAUAGCAAUUAUUGUGGUCUCUUUGCCUUUUUUGUACCAACCAAAAACUAAAUCGACACAAGCAGCAGCUUUAGCAGUUCUCACAAAAAGGAACUACAAAUGAAUGAAUCCGCGAAUGUUAGUGCACAACAAGGACAUCAUACAAUAACGACAUAUUCUGUGGCUGGUGCAUUGAGACCCUUCCAGCUAGCCGACGCGGCAGCCAAAGCUGAAGCGGCGGCGGCGUCAGCUGUAGCAGCCCCACAAUCAUUUGCGACGCCUACUGCUUACAACACUGCACUGCAGAGCAGCAGCAACAGCAAAAGCAGCAGCAUCCAUAGCACCAACCUUAAGGCGGCGGCCGGGCUUAAAUGUAGUGGCAUUCGCCGGUGCGUCACAAGGCCGCUGUACACUAGCUUCAGAUAGCAAAACGCGUACUUAGGACGUUAAGGCGUUCGUCUCCAAAACCCGCCUCCCACAACUCCCCAAAAAACAAAACAAAAAAAAACACGCACACACAUAUUCCUCACACCACACUUCCCACAUUAUAAGAAUAGUUUUCUCUCUAACGUUCAAUCGCAAGUCGUUCAUCAUUGGGGCUUAAGAAAAAGAGCUAGAGAAGGAAAAGCAGAAAAAGGCAAACCUCAAGCAAAAGCAGCCAAACCUUUGAUUUUGUUGAUUGCUGAGAAGGUUUUUUCAUAAUUACAGCUAACCGAAAGCCACAGCACCAGUCAAAUCAUUAAAUACGCCUUCUCUUAACCAAUACCAAAGCAUAUGACUGCCGUUGUUUUCCUCAACUUUUUAUUUUGCUGGACAAUUGCAGGCAGUUUACUGCUAUAAAUCUUAAUUCCCCACAACCCAUUAAACUAAAUCUCUUUCAAUAAGCUGAAAAAAAAGAAACCAACCCACUACCAUUACCACUUUGAAACGGCGGCCUCUACUUUAUAGCUACCACAAAGCCCAUCUUCAACACUAGGCAGAUAACUAAGAAGAACUAUAAAUACCCUCUCACUCUCUCUCGCUCUCACUCUACAGUGCUGUCUCCAUUUAACACUCAACACCUCUAACUGCAGCAAUAUCAGUGAGCCCCCCCACAUCAACGUCAUCAUCAUUGUGUAGUCACCAUUCGUCAAACACCACCAACGAUUUAUUUCUGCGCUCUAGGCUAAAGAGAACAAAAGAGAGGCAAACAAAGUUACCGCCACAACGAAGGCAGCAAACGAGCACAGCAGCAGCACCACCACCACCACCACCAAAAUAACAACGAAGGUAAAGACCAACGAGACAGUGAAACGAGCAGCUGCUGAAGGGCAAAUAAAACACAAACACAUCUAGCUGAAGACAUCUAAAUAUAAAACAAGUGAGAGGGGGGCCACCACAACAACAAAGACAACAACAUACAACACACGCAUCUGAACACACAGCUCAGCACAGCUCAGCUCAGCCUAGCCACCACAGUGAGAAGUGAGUUCAACUUGAUCUUUUGUUUUGCAUUUACAAGGAGGCACCAUACAAAAAUCACAAAAGGGGAAAUGAGAUGAAGUGGUUUCAAGUGGCAUUAGAUAUGAUUCUUGUGCUUUCAUUCAUAUCAAGCAGCACAUCGAAUCCCGAUGCAAAACGUCUGUACGACGAUCUCCUCAGUAACUAUAAUAAAUUAGUUCGACCAGUGGUCAAUGUAACGGACGCUCUUACGGUACGCAUCAAAUUGAAAUUGUCACAAUUGAUUGACGUCAAUUUGAAAAAUCAAAUCAUGACAACGAAUUUGUGGGUGGAACAAUCGUGGUACGAUUACAAACUGCAGUGGGAGCCCAAGGAAUACGGUGGCGUUGAGAUGUUGCAUGUGCCCAGCGAUCAUAUAUGGCGACCGGAUAUAGUGCUCUACAACAAUGCCGAUGGUAAUUUCGAAGUAACUUUGGCCACCAAGGCAACACUCAACUACACGGGACGUGUUGAGUGGCGACCACCUGCCAUAUACAAAAGUUCAUGUGAAAUUGAUGUCGAAUACUUUCCCUUCGAUGAACAAACCUGUGUCAUGAAAUUUGGCAGUUGGACAUAUGAUGGAUUCCAGGUUGAUUUACGGCACAUUGACGAAUUAAACGGCACAAAUGUGGUCGAAGUUGGAGUGGAUCUAUCAGAAUUUUAUACAUCUGUGGAAUGGGAUAUUUUAGAAGUACCUGCUGUAAGAAAUGAAAAAUUCUACACGUGCUGCGAUGAGCCGUACUUGGAUAUCACAUUUAAUAUCACAAUGCGCCGUAAAACGUUGUUCUAUACAGUUAAUCUCAUUAUACCGUGUAUGGGAAUCAGUUUUUUAACGAUUUUAGUAUUUUAUCUGCCAUCAGAUAGUGGUGAAAAAGUCUCAUUAAGCAUAUCCAUUUUACUGUCGUUGACUGUGUUCUUCUUGUUGUUGGCGGAAAUUAUUCCGCCAACAUCGUUAGUUGUGCCGCUUUUAGGGAAAUUUGUACUUUUUACAAUGAUACUCGACACAUUCAGUAUAUGUGUGACGGUGGUAGUGCUGAAUAUACAUUUUCGCUCGCCACAAACACACACCAUGGCACCGUGGGUGCGAACAGUGUUUAUCAAUCAACUGCCACGGUUUCUGGUUAUGCGACGACCGCUCUAUCCCAUAAGUGAGAUGAUUAAAACAUCACGCCAACUGAUGCUACGCACAUGCAAUGGAUUCGAACUUAGGGAUCAAAUACCACCGCUGCCACCACCAGUAGCCUUAUCACGACUCCACCAUAGUCCACAUAAAACAUCACGCAGCACCUCGCCUCACCUGCAACACCGAGUACAAAGUCUUAACCUAUUGGACGAAGUGAGCGCAGGUGGUGUGGGCGUUAGCUUUGGAGCUCCCUGUGCCCUAGGGGCGGCUGGUGGGGGGGCUGCCACCAUAAGCGGCAACUUCAUGUAUCCGGGCACUGUGAAUCAGGAGACCUCCACCACCAGUUCACUGGUGGAUACACUGCAUCACAGUCAAUAUCAACAGACGGGCGAUUCGUUGCUCGACCAUCCUUUGACGCCCACGAAAUUCCGGCAGAAAACCUCAACCUCGGUGCAAACGAAUGGCUUUGGCUGUGUGGAGUCAUCGACCUCGCAGUACAGUGGCUAUGGCACCAUUCACCAUCCGCCACAACACCACCAGCCCCUGUACCAUAUGGGCCAGCCCAUUGGCCAAUCGGCCACCAAGUCAUCAUCUACCACCACGCUGCAUCAACAGCAGCAGCAACACUCGCAUCCCUAUCAUCUGUAUCGUCAACAAUCAACUUGUUCGGCGAAUUUUUCGCCUGUGCCUGCUCCCCUGCAUCCGCAUCAACAGCAUCAGUCGACCACGACAUGUGACCUGAUAGGCAAUACAAAUUCGAAUGUGAUAAAGUCCACGACUACAGUGAAUUCAGUGGCCACUGCCUCCACCCUGGCCGGCUCAUGCUGCAGUGUGAGUGGUGCUGUGCAAAUACAUCAGGGUUUGGGUACGGGCGCUGCCUGUGAGUCAGCGGCAACAGCGGCCUCUGCCAAUCGGCAACAACAAGCAGCGGCGGUACAAACUACCACAGCGGCGCGUGGCGGUGGUGAGGUAUAUCCCGAAUGUCAGCGUGAGGGUGGCCCGCAUUGUUGUGUGGUCAAGGAGAAUAAGUUGCGACAUCGCUGGCAUAAAUGUCCGGAGUUGCAUAAAGCUUUUAAUGGUGUCACCUACAUAGCGGAUCAAACGCGCAAGGAGGAAGAGAGCACAAGGGUCAAAGAAGAUUGGAAAUUUGUGGCCAUGGUACUGGAUCGUCUUUUCUUAUGGAUUUUCACAAUUGCCGUUGUGGUUGGCACGGCCGGCAUCAUUUUGCAGGCCCCCACGCUGUACGAUACACGCGUACCAAUCGAUGUUAGAUUAUCCGAAAUUGCAUCGACCACAGCCAAACCGAACGUUGCCAAACCAGUGUUGUAAAUACUUCAAAAAGAAUAAACAAAACAAACAUACAUAUAUAAAAACAAACAAACAAAAACAAACUCCACCACCAACGCCUUUCUUCAAGGCCUCCUCCCCAAGUAUGAAUGAUGGAUAAAAAACACUCUUACAACAGAGCAAAGUAACAUUUAAGAAGCAAACAACCAAUAAAGGGUAUACUAACAACGACCAUCAACACUCCCAACCUAACCAAGGCCACCUCUCUCACUCCCACUCACUCUCGCUUGCUCUCAAGUAAUACAGCUGGACCCCCCUGAGAUAGAAGCAGCAACAUCAGCAGCAGCAGCAUCAGCAUCUACAACAAAUAAAAAUCUCUUCAAAUGGAAGAACAAAGGCUGUUGAGUCCCUGUAAAGAUGGGUGGGGGUGGAAGAGUUGUGGUAAUCGUUGAAACCUUUCGUUACUACUCAUAACAAGGGAUUUAAUAACCGCAACAGUAAAAACAGUAACAACAACAACAGCAAGCUAUAAAGAAGCAACAAAAAUAAAAACAACAAGCAAACAAAAAUACCAAAAUUAAUAUAAACAACCAUAAAAACAACAACAA